AUGAAGAGGGUGCAGCUCCUACGAUGGAGCAGUUCGGCCCUCCGAACGCCGCGGGCCCCGACUGGUGGUCGCCUGCAGCAACAUCUUUCUUACGGUCUUCGACACCAAUCGACGACCGAAUCUUCGGCUCUUCCGGCUGAAAGCAAUCAAUUGGGCAACGAGCAAUUGCUGGAAGCACGUCGGCUCCCGUCCAAUCCGAAAAGACAGUCCAGACAUAUCCACCCUUCUCCGCCGGUCGAGGCCGCCCGGGAGUCCGCAAAACUUGCUGCGCUCCAUGCACGACUCUACCUUCCUUCGCGAUUACCCCUCGAGACCCUAGCACGCUCUCUCGUGGACCCCUCGGCCGAUCCCAACCCCAACUUCAACAAUGAAUCGUUGGCCUUGCUUGGUCAUGACCUCCUAACCCACUACACGUCCGAACACCUCCUUUGCUCAUACCCUCGCCUUCCUCUCACGGUCAUCUUCGCCGCCAUGUAUGCGUACGUUGGCCCGAAAACUCUCGCAGCCAUGGCAAGGGAAUGGGGUGUUGAAAUGGCGGUGUGUCCUGGCGGCGAGGUCGACCCUGGCCUCCUGCAGUUCAAGAGAGUCCUCCCUGGCACCGACCUGGACGCGGAGCCGAUCACCGGCACCGCGAGACCCAAUGAGCAUCGGAAGUCAUGGAGAAAGUCGAUCACUUCCCGCGUGGUUUACGACAAUGAAUUCGGCGAUCCGACCAAGGUGUCCGGCGAGGAGACUGUGAACGCUCAGGGCGUCACCGCAGAGCAGGCCAACGCCACGUUUGUGCGGGCUGUGAUGGGCUCGAUUUACCUACACGCCGGCCGACCGGCGGCCAAGCGCUUCUUCGAGCAACACUUCCUCUCGCGACACCUCAACAUCUCCGAACUGUUCAAUUUCUCCCAGCCAGCUCGUGAUCUAGCUCGCCUGUGCGCGCGCGAAAACUUCGAGCAGCCCGUUGCGAAGAUCAUCAGCGAAACUGGUCGUAAGAGCAGACACCCCGUGUUCAUCGUUGGCAUCUACUCCGGCAAGGAUAAGUUGGGCGAGGGCGCUGGCGCCAGUCUACUCGAGGCUCGCUCCAGGGCUGCCGUGGCCGCCCUCAAGGGAUGGUACCUAUACAGCCCCUUGAACGUGCGGGUUCCCAGCUCGAUGGAAGAGGAGGGAGCCGCUCCUUGGAAACCGGUCCAUAUCGACUUGGGCGAGGUUAUUGUAUAA